CAAACUUGGCACGGGCACCGCAAUAUUUCAAAAACAACUAUUAUAUAUGACGUGAAAGACCUGUAUUAAAUUCCAGCUAUUCCGGGGAUUAAACGCAUGACUGCUUUGAGACGAUUAGUCAUCUUUUAUAUAGUAUUUAAGUCCUCUACGCCGCAACAACGAGGCAAAAUGGUGAGAAAAUUGCAGAAUUUCCAAGUUGAAAUCGACGGGAACAAGGACGUAUUUUACCCAGGGGAACAAGUAAAUGGUGCCGUUAUUGUCGACGUAACCCAACCAAUGAAAUGUAACAAGAUAAACGUGAAAUUGGUCGGGUUGUCGUAUUGUCAUUGGACAACAACACGAACAGAGAGAGACAGUCAAGGAAACACUAGAACUCAUACAGACCACCACGUUGGCAGUCAGCAACUGGUAGAUCUACAAGCAAUUCUUUUUGGUUGGAGUUCAACUGAACAUGUGAAGCACCCUCCUGGCAGACAUGUUUAUCAGUUUACAUUCACACUUCCCUCGCCUCUACCUAGUUCAUUUGAAGGAGGCACUGGUCACAUUCGAUAUUACAUAGAGACUAAAGUUGAUCGGCCCUGGAAGUUUGAUCAUAAAGUUCGAAAGGCUUUCACUGUCAACGAAGUGAUUGAUAUUAAUCUUCCUCAGUAUUUAGCAUCUCCGAGUGGUACAAAACAGAAGCAAAUUGGAUGCCUUUGCUGUGUUUCUGGCAACCUCAGCAUGCAAGCAAGUCUCGAUAGGUCAGGGUAUUGUCCGGGUGAACAGAUAUUUCUCAAUGCCUCCUGUGAAAAUGAUUCAACUCGAGAGAUGAGCUGUAUGAGGGCCAUACUUGUACAAAAUGUUCAUUACUCUGCAAGUGAUGCAAGCACGUCGAGCUCAAGAGCAAUUGCACGUUUUGAGGGUCAGACGAUCCCGGGAAGAAGUCAGGAUUCUUGGAAUAACCAACCAUUCCUCAUUCCACCCGUUCCUCCUACAAUUCAGACCAGCCCUGUAAGUGUUAGCUAUCAGGUAAAGUUUGAAGUCAGGGUUCCUUGGGGCUUUAAUCCAGUAAUUGCACUUCAUAUAACCAUGGGUACAGUGCCAUUUCGGCCGUCAUAUGGCAGGCAAUCUUCCUUUCAACUUUCAGAAAGUCAAUAUAUGGAAAUGGAAUUUGCCCAUUGGGUACCACCCACCGCUUCAGCGUUACCAUCUGCUCCACCUGCUGCACUUGGCUACCCUGACAUACCUCCACCAAGUUAUGCCGCAGCAGUUGGGAGUUCCUCUGUGUUUGUUGGUGAUAAGGAAGCCAAGUCAAACUUUGGGGAUCAAAGCUACAUGCCAAUGUACACCUAUGCUCAACCAUCCCAAAGACAGUGUCCAACAGCUCAUCUUACCUUUCCACCAGGUCAGCCUGAGGCUAGCGCUCCCCCCUUGCCUGGUUAUCCCGAAGGUGGACCCUCCAGAAGUUAAACAACCCUCUCAAGUGUACCCUAAACUCAAUGACAGUGAUACAGCAACACAUUUUUUCUAUGAAUUGUCUUACUGUGGGAUAACCUCUCUUUGGUAAUCCUAAAUAAAACAGAUUGAUGAGGAUCUGCAAGAAAUUUUGAUAAGAAGAUAAGUGAUGUUUACAGACUCUUUAUUCUGAUUUUUUUCCAAAUAAGAGGGUUCAUAAAUAUAGGUUUUGUAUUGGUUUUUAGUUAAAAUUGCCAAAGUAAAUUUAUAGGCUUUAACCUCAAUGUGGGAGGGGGUAUAUAUGUAUUUCAAUUUUUGUUUCAAAUAUUAAUAUUCCUACUCUUAAUAUUCAUAUUUCUUCCCCAAAUAUUCAUAUUCCCACCAUCAUUACGCUUAUGCACUGUCAAAACCCAGUUUUUAAUAUUCACACACCAUUUUAGAUCUAACCGGGAGGAUGUGCGGAAGCUAUAUAUAGGCCUUCUGUCAGGAAUAGAACAUGUGGGGUGUAGGCCUCUGGCCUCUGAGCUGCAGAGUCCAGUUGUCAAGCAUUAACCACAUGUUCUUGUGGUAAGAAGGAUAUGCCAAUGUAAGGUAUAUAUGGCAAAACAGGGCCUCUUUUAAUACCAUAGACUGGGGGGGGGGACUUUGGCCCCUCCAGUGAACUAUGUUGUCCCCCCCCCCCAGUGAAGGUCCCUUCUGUCUACAACAUAAGCAAAAAAGGGAAGAAUAACUUAGUUAAUUAAGAGGAGUAUUUUAGUAUUCCCAUGACCAUCUGGGCCAGACAAGUUCCCACUUUUCCCGUUCACCACCUCCCCAGGGACGUCGCAAAGGCAUCAACAUUGGAGGGGGGGGGGGAGGUGUCGUCUUGUUUUGACCAAAUUUUCCUAUAGUCUUUGACCAGCUCCUAAAAUUUUUUUCCAAAAAUGUUGUUGACGGGAGAGGUCAAUUUUUUUUUUACACCUUCCUGAUAGCGACAGCCCUGCCACUUCUUAGUCGGGUCCCUUUCUCUUGAUGGACCCUCCACUGACAAAUUCUUAAAAGAGGCCCUGUGCCAAAAGUAAAGUUGCAUUAUUCACAGCUGUUCCCUGUUAUAUCUAAAAUUGUACAUAUUAAUUUUUUGUUAAAUUGAGUUAAUUUAUUAAAUUUUAUAUCAUAUAAUUCGAGAAUCUGCGAAGAAUAUAUGAUGCAAUAAAAAACCUUCUCUAUGCAUAAUUAUUAGUCGCUGGGCAGAGCCCGCAGCGACUCUAGGUUUCGGCACGCAUUUGUGUCGGAUCACGGUUAAAAAUUACGUCAUUAAUAAAAAAAUAAAAAUUACGUCAUUACUAUUCGUCGCUGAAUUCAAGAUGGCCGCUUACUACGAGCGAAUGGUAUCAAUGUAUCAUCGAUUUUGUACAUAUUCUUUUUAUUUUUCCGAUGAACCUUAAAAGGUUUCCGAUGAAACAGACUUUAUAAAGCGAAAGUCAUUUUAUGUGAGUAAACUUGGAAGGCUACAAGCUUGAAAUAGAGGACAAAAGUUCACAAUUUUCAAUUUUACAAAGUUGGAACUUGGAACGGACCGCAACCUUUGUAAAUCGCAACAAUAAUAUUCGCAAACUGCUGUUUAUUUGGGUGCUUUUUUUACGGCUGUUGAUGCAAAUAAUCCUGUUACGGAUAGGUGGUCAAAAGAACAUGGUGUAGCCUAACAAGACCGAAAUACAACCACAGUGAUCAUCAUUCAUCACUACUUGUGUGAAAUUUAAACUUUGCCGCUAGGUGUCAGGCUUUUAAAUCUGUAAUAUUCCAGUCAUUUUAUGAUCAAUGUAGUGUGUUUCUAACGCCAAACGGGAAAAUGUUGGAGCCACAGUAAUAGACUCUUUCAAGGUCAAGAUGCCAUAAUGAAACACAAAGUGUAUGGGCUGCAAACACAAUGGAAAUUCCUACUAGUAUUAAAAUUUGCAAGGUUGUAUAAACACAAUGGGGUGGGGCUAUUGCCGAUAUUUUUUAGCCCUGGGGUGAGGAUUUUGACAUUUUCUAUCAUGGGGGAUUUGGUAGAUUUGCUGGAAAACUGAUGUUUAAUUUGAUUGCAAAUGGCUUGUGGACAUAGCCAUUUUCUUCCCAGAAAUGGCUAAUACCUGGGGACCUGGAAUUGACUGAUACAUAAUUAACAAUCGCCAUUUUGAUUGGUUGUUAUUUUUGUGCAUCCCCAAUCACAGAGAUGUGAACCCUAAGUAACAAAAAUGCGGGUGAUAUAUAAUUUUUGACAUGACGUCAUUUUUUGUUGUUGAGAAAAUUGAUUGGUGAUUUAUAAAAGCCUUGCUAAGCCCCAUAUUUCUAACUAGUUAAGUCUAGUUGAAGUAGAAGUAGAUGUGCGCAUGCAUACACUCUACCAACCAAAAACAGAACAACGAAUCAAGAAUCAGAAGACAGAAUCACAGAAUGCGGGUGAAUUGCUAUAAAAUUUGCUAAUGCGGGUGAUUCUAUGUGCCAAUUUUUCCGCGUGUGAUGAUUCCAAAAUGCGGGUGUCACCCACUCAAUGCGGGUGAGUUCACAUAUCUGCAAUCACUGUCCACUUUUUAUUGACUUCAGUAACAGGCUUACCCUGCGAGCAAAGUCCUCUUGUAUUUCUUCUCAGCACGAGAGAGACUCUGCAGAACUUGUAUAUAUUCUUUGAGGAGCCGACAAUCCAAAAACUUAUAAUUAUGAGUAAUUUCAGGUUUGAUACCAGUUUUAUAACCGGUUUUGAUCCGAACCGGAAACUAUUUAUUAAAUCUUCUUCUGGGAAAUAGGCAGUUGCUUAGCAACCUUCACGCAUGCUCAAAUGAAUUUAUACACAAGUUCUGCAGAGUCUCUCUCGCUUCUCUGUGCCGUGCCGAGAAGAAAUCCGAGAGGACUUUGCUCACAGGGUAUAACAUAGUGAUGGGCGA